GACCGAUGAGUGGUCUCUAUUCACAGUUCACAGUGUCUUAACAUUUAAAAUCGUGAUUAAAACUGUAAUUUCAUGAAACAGCCGAGUGUAAACAAAUCUAUAUUCAGUGACUCAUCUUCAAAGAUCAUAAUAAAUACGCCUAUUUAUUCCGAAUGCUUCAACUUAAAUGACUAGAAGUUUCAUAUUCGGAUUGUAUAUAAAGAUUUCGUCUGGUUUCCGGAAUAAACAGCGAUUAAAUAUCAGUAACAGAGAGAUCUUUGUGGCAGAGAUUCAACGUGUUUACUUGGAGAUAAAAAACAGAUUUUUAAACGUAAUAAAGAUGAGUGCUGUCGGUUAACGAGGGUAUAAACCGAGCGAAUGAAGAACUUUAUACUAAGACUCUCUUGUGUGAAUAAACAUAAAAAUAUUUGCUUUCAAAGAAAAACUUAUCUUUCUUUCGACGUGUUUACGUACAAUUUUUCCGUCACACUGAAAUGAAGAGGACCCGUACAUAGAACAAAGUGAAUAUGCUAGUUUAUUUACUAGUGGGAAUUUUAAAAUUUAGUUCGCUGAGAGAGAUAAAUGAACCUUCAAUGUCACUAACAAUGACAAACGAGAAACUCAAUCCGAAAUUAUAUUCCGCAAAGAAACAUAAAUGAAAAUAAACUUGUUCCAAAGUAAUAUCAAUUACUUGUUUGUUGUGCAAAGAUGUAAUUUGAUCAUCUACUUCGAUGUAAAGGGAAGUAGGAUGUUGAACUACACGGACGCGACGACUUCCUCACAAGUGGAUUGUUUUAGAUUUAGCCCGAGUUUGAGAGACACUCCAUCCGGUCUAUUCUGGUAGCGGUGCUGUGACACUUGCUACUGAGAUGUACUGGCGUGUUGCGACAAUCUGACUGUGGGGCGAAUGUGAAAUUCGAAGAAUAAUUAUCGUUGUGGGAGCCAACGGAACGACAUCGGUCUACCACACAGACAGACAGCUAGCCAGCAGCGUGUGACGUGAUUUCACCAGAUCCAGGCAACCGGCCACCUGCUACUCACUCGCCGUCGGGCAAGACGCCAGGCGACAUGCGCUGAACAGCGAUGCAGCCGCCGGGGACUCUGGUACGGUCCCGCCAGCAAAUUUCUUUAGACGACUUUGAUUACGGAUUCGUGGACUAUGAUCGGCCACGGCGCCGGACACAGGAUGACACCCUCGCCGGGCAUCUGACGCCGGACACCUUUACGGUUCUGCCGCCAUUACCACCGCCAACACCGAGUCCCCCACCGGCGCCCAGACCUUACCGACUUAGCUCACCCACGCGUCGCCAGAGAAAGGCGUCAUUUGUAAUCAUCAAAACUCCUGAGUCUCAACUGCCUGGAUCAGCGAGAUCUAUCCGAGUACCAUCACCUGGCGAAAGCAGGAAACUUCCUCCUCCAGGUAAGUCCCGGAUACCGCGGUCACAACCCGUGUCACGUGAACCAUCUCCAGCUAGAAAUCGCUCUGUGACCCAGCAGCGACGAGCUUCAGUGUCACAAAUUAAGACCUUGCCCCCACGCAGCAAGCCGUCCUCCCCUAAGAAUGGACGCAAGAUAAGCGUAAAAAAACAACGUGAUAACUCGACAGCGAAGAGCCCAGUGACGGGGGAGAAGGAUGCGCAACCCUCGCCUUCGCGCAUCCCCCGACCGCCAGCAGCGAGAGGGCGCAAAUCGCCUGCGCCCUCUCGUGAGCAGUCUCCGGCAAGAAAGAACAGCAAAGUCGUUAAUCAGAAGAAAGGUGCGUCCCCAGCUGUCAACAGGCAACAAACCGUCUUGAGAAAGAACAGCAAUCUGAAGCCGUUAUCGGGGAAGCCACCGCUGCCACCAGCCAGCAAAGGCAAACAAGCUGCUGCAGGAGUGAAUAAAACUAACCCUAUGCCAGAGGCGAGGUCUAAACCCGGGGCAAAUAAAAGUAAAACCAGUGCACCAUUACACUCAGAACCAACAAAGACAGAAUCGAAGCCAGUGACAGAGAAAACUACGUCCGUCACAGAAGAUUCUUCGAAAGUAGAGUCAGAAUCCUCGAAAAAUACCUCCAAACCCGAAGCAGAGUCCUCCAAGGACUCUGCAGGUUCAAAUAAAUCUCUGGAAACACGAACCUACGUAAAUCCGACUAUGGCAUCAGCUCCAGCCACCUUCGCCCAGACUACAAGUAACCCGAACGAAGAGACCGCUACCAGCAUCACAUCAGCACCCCCCAUGCCAGCACCAUCGAGCGUCGUCACUCCAGAUACUUCCACUACCCUUGUAUCCACCACGACAGCCCCAACACUCGAGCUGGCCAAACCCUCGAGUGAACCAUAUCCGGUGGGACCAACAAAGUCUUCCAGUGACGAAAUCGAGACAUCGGCGAUGCCCGACAAAUCUGCUGAAGCUGUUGCGGAGUCCAUGGAGUCUGUAAGAUCCUCGGACUCGGUGGUUACUGUGAGAGCCGCGAGUUCUCCGCGGCUCAAGAAGAAGACCAUCGCGGAUGACGUGGCUACCAGCGAGGCUGUCAUCAAGGGCGAUCCGGACCUGGAGUCGCUCAGUCCCAACACGAACCAUAUACAGCAGCAAGAUUCCAGUCCAGGGUUGCCGGUCGUAGAGACUUCCGCCAGCGUCGAUAAGUCGGCGGCACGAAUGACUCAGUCUAGAGGCGGCGGCGGUGGUGGUCUGUUUUCGCGGCUGUGUCCGUGCUGCCAGAAGUUCUCCGGCUGCCUCAAGAAACUGGGCUGCUGCAAGUGUUUAGCAAGCAAGUCAAUUGCUGGUUCCAAAGUGGGGAUUCUCGUUGGGUCCAAGACGGGAAUGAUCGGAGGGUCUAAGGUCUCUGUGGAUGAAGGAGGAAGAUCAAGGCCAGUUCCCGCAGGAGCAAGGAAAUGUGGGUGGCUGAGAAUGGUCCUGUGCUGCAGCUGUUGCAAGAAGAAGGGGGACUCGGAGGCCAUCGACGGCAACCGCAGAAGAAGCAACGCGACUAGCCGGAUGUCCAAGAAACAGAGUCGGUCCUCCAGCACCGCCGUUGAGGUGGAUACCAGGCCGAAGUUGGAUUCAUCAUUGGUGGAGAAUGGAUCCAUGAUUCGGGGUGCCAUCCCUGUACUCCCUGUUCCGCUUGCAUGGAUUUGUCUCUUUUUCAACGUCCCCCAGAUUGGCAAAAACAUAGCCUGA